AUGAUAACGUACCAAGUACUGGUAGCCACUGGAGAGCAGAUAGGCGCUGGCAGCACUGAUAUCAUCUCUAUAGCUCUUAUAGGGAUUAAUGGAGAAAGUCCUAAACAGCUUCUGGGAGAUAAAUUCCUUGCUAAAUCUGUGAGUGUUUGUUUUAUGUUUGUGUGUGGACUUUUUGGGUAUUCAGACUGUAACCCUAUGGACCAAGCACAGCUUAAUGGAAAGGGGCUUGACAGAGCUAGGAGGUGGGCAUAGGGGGAAGGUCCCUUUUUGGGAGUGGAGUUAGUUAAGGGGUCGGCCUAGUAUAAAUAGGCAGCCAUUUUAGAAGUAGGCACUUUUAAUCUGCUUACCUGGCCUAAGUUGUUCCUCCCAUUUUGUAAAGGUUGUUUGCUCCCAUUUGGUCACCCUGGUGGGGCUAGAGAGAAGUUAGGGGAUGAACAGGCUCUGGGGUAGUGUAAAUAGAAUAGGGCAUUUAGGCUGGUGGUUAAACUGCAUUUGAGCUUGGUGGUCGCUCAGAACCUGGUGGGUGGUAGGGGUAUACCCCUACCGUGGUUAUUUAACAAAGUUUGGCACUUGUGUUAUGUUUACUUUGUCUAUUUAUGGAAAUGAUGGUUCAUUUCCUUUUGUUAUGGGGGACAUAUGAUGCUAUAUUGUGGAUGGGCAAUGACUUUAAUUUAUUAUCAAUAUUAUUAAAGCUGUGGACAUAUUGACCCCAGACAUUAGUGUCAAUGUGGUUUUUGGGGGGGAUUGCACCUGUCAUUCCCCUUAAUGUCCUAGGUUGUGGUCUCUUGUGAUGCAAAGAAAAAACAAAUGCCAGGAAAAGCAAGUGUUUCAAAUCCAUAGAGAUUUAUUCUACAAGGUAAAUAGACAAACAGGGGAAGCUAAAAAAAAUCUUCCUUACAUGUUUUAAACCAUGUGGUCUCUUGUGCCUGUCAUAUACUCUGUGUUAAAAAGAUUAUGUAGUAGGCACACUCCAAGCAUCAUGACUAGAGCUGUAGUGGUUAUGGUGCCUGAAGUGUUCCUUUAGAGGAAUUGCCUUAAGUAACGAACAGACUCUCAACUAGCAAUGCACUGACUUAAUGGUUGGUAGCACUUAUCAUGUCCAACAUGCAGCUAUUUAAUAUCCAUUAAAGAGAAAUCUCAAAGGAACCUCCUUGACUGCAUAACUCCCCUUGCUAUAUAUGAAUGCCCCAUACUGCUGGGCAACACAUCCAUCAAGAACAGUGUCCAUGGAAAUGUCAAUGUGGCAACCUUGGUUGGUAGCCAUUGUCACCAAAUUUGGAUCUGUUGGUAGGUUAACUUGGAAUGGUGAAUGUAGCCAUUCUGUGUAUCCGCUUACAGGCACAGCAACAUACAUCUGGGAAUAUUAAUGGAGGGGAAGUGGGUGGCAGGGGGUUUUAGAUAAAUGGAAAGCUGGUGGUCAGGCUGUUAAAGGGCCUGUAUACACAGGUUCUUAGCUCAGGAGCUUCUUAUGUAAACUGCAGACACACCUCCCAGGCUUUCAAUCGGACAGGAAGGUUACCGUCAAGAUUCCAUUAGUUCUAUUUGAGCAAGCCUGCCUUCAUGUUUCCCCAAGUCAUGGCAAGCCUGUGUGCCCAACAGGGCUGACUUUACACACUUCUCCAUGACUACCUAGAAAGUAGCACAUGUGCCUGCAAGUAUAAACACUUGUUGCUCAAAAUUAGGCUUUUCAAUGGGAAUCCUCUGACUGGUCAUGUCAGGCUGGGCUAGAAGGGUAGAUCUUGUAGUGGCUUCAGACAAGAGCAUCUGCAGCUUUUCAAAAUAUCAAAGAUGUUAACAAACUAUAAAAAUAACUAAAUGAACCAAUGUUUGCAUAGAUCUAAGUAGGUGUUGUGGAAAUGCAUCAGGGGAUAGUAACAAACAUCUGUAGUUCUAACAGGGAGGUCUUGUCAUAAUGAAUGUGGAUCUCAUUUAUCCAUGCAGCACAAAUAAAAAGCAUCACAUAAACCAUGGAUCUAAGCCUAUCCCAACUCUUGUUAUUAUAUCCCUGUUCAGGUAACUAAAUUUGAUAUUGGCAGCCCAAGAGAACUUGGAGAAAUCCUACUGGUCCGUCUGUACAAGGAGAAAUCUGGUCCAAAAGAGAACCCAUGGUGCUGCCAGUAUAUUGAUGUGAUCAGUCCCAACGGGAAGAGAAGUAGAUUCCCGUACUACCUGUGGGUAACUGGAUAUACGAACAUAGAAAUUCCAGAAGGGAAAGGUAAAGCUGUCAUUAACAUUGUCUAUGUGGGUUUUUUUGGGGGUUUGCGUGAAACUCCUUACCCACUAAAGUACUCUAGCUAUAAAUUGACCUUGUUACACCCACUGGCUCCUAACCAUGCAACCGAUCCCAUUACUUCCUGUUUUUAGCUCUGUGAAGAUAAACUAAAGAUGUAGCAAUUGCUCAGAUUUCUGACUGAGCAGCCACAAAGUCUGCGCUGGGAUAGAAGGGGAGGGUUUGCAAAUGCUGCAGAGAAGAGAUCUGCAGCUGUUGCCUGCUGUCUCUAGAUAUAUCCCACAAUUUAAAAAUGCUUUAUGUAUAUCUACUAAAUGGCUCUAUUUGUAAACGGUCCUCUGUGAUUUGUAGUCUUGAUGGCUCAAUAUCUCUGUAGCAAUACGGGCAUUUAAAUAUCCUGUGACCCACAGCUUAAUCUCACUGUUCACAAAUUGCAGACUGUCUUAGAACCAACUCCAUAGACAACCCUCUUCAGCAACUGUUAAUGCUUUUGAAGGAUAAUCUAAGGCGUCUAAGCUACCUGAGGGAUAUGGACAUUCUCAUGGAAUCUUACUAAUGCUUGCAAACUGGCAGUCUCAGCCAUUGGAUUAAUUCACUUGGUGUGUAACCCCUCUCUGCUUUCCCUUGCCAGGGAUCAUUUUGACUGGAGAUGUGAACCCCCUCCUUGUACAGCAGAGAAAGGUCGAGCUGGAAAGGAAUAGAGCAAGCUAUAGGUAAGUGACACUGGCUUUACGAACUGCAUGUCAGAAAUAUAUCCAAAGUGCUCUGGGUUUCUUUAACUCUUGUUCUAUGGAUUUCCUAAUGCGGUUUUAGUGCCCUACUGGGGCUUUCUAUAUAUUAUGUAAAGUAACUUUACAAUACGGUAAUCUGAAACCUAGAAUAGAACCAGAAUGGCCAUCACACCUACAUGGUGUCUGCUGCCUAUUGGUACAUUGGCCAUAUUUGAACCUUGCUUAUCACGUGAGGCUGGUAUAAAACGGUCCUGAAGGCAAAAUGAUCUAUUCGACCGGCUACAGCCAUAUCUUUAACUGAGUGUUAAUGGGGUUAGAUCACAACUCCAUAGUCUGUAAGGUUAUAUUAAAACAUGUCUUCAAUCAAUCGUUAUAAAAGCCAAGUAUCUAAAGCAAACCCCACACUGUAGCAUUGUAAGACCAUACAAACUAACAGAUCUUGCUUACAUGCAGACUAAGCUCUGCUCACUACUUGCUAGUCUACAAAACACUUAUUCCAAAAUGAGCAGUAUUUCUGAUCGGCUGCAAUUGUGAUGGAGCUAGUCACUGUAUGCCAACAGUUGGUAAUCAACCCAUUCUGUUAAUCAAAACACUAUCAAGGUCUUGAUGGACAAAUCAUUGACUUAGCAUAUAUUCUAUCAUUUUUGGAAUACAAUUGUUAACUUGCAAGGAGCAAGCUGUGGUAACGUUUGUGUGUAUGUAUAUAUGUGUAUAUAUAUUGGACUGACCAUCCACUAUCUUACACUGAUUUGAGGCUACAAUCCAUGAACCCAGUAAAUGCUUACUGAAACUGAGAUAUUCCCCUUUUUUAAUUUUUUUUUUUUUUUUUAGACCUUUAUGCUUUUCCAUUGAGCUGGUGUGGUAUAAACUAGUUUAAUAUCUUGCUAAAUGUAUGUAGACUACAUGUAGCUUGUGCAAUUGCUGCAAACGUCUAGUCUUUGUCUCUGCUGUGAGCUCACCAUAUCGCAGAGCAAUCAUUGGGCUCAUGUUAUGCCAUAUUCUUCCCCUCAAACUGUAGUGAUUCUGGUAUUUUGUAAGCCAAUAAGCCAGUUUCUAAUGUCGGGCCCUCUAACUUCUUAUUUUUUUAUUUGUCUGUGUAUAUUGUACAUCCUCCACUAAUUGCACAACACUGCAGAAUCUGUUGCUUUAUUAAUACUGGUAAUAAACAUAUUGAAUCUCACUCCAUAUAACAUAGGUUUCUGGGAGUGGUAGCUAAAUACUGAUAUUAAGAGGGUUUUAUAUAUGCUACAACUAAAGGUCUCCUCCUUGCAGGUGGAAGGUCUAUGCAGAAGGCGCCCCUCACUGUAUUGAUGCUGAAUCUUCAAAAGAUCUUCCUUGUGAUGCAAAAUACUCCUUCCAGAAAUACGCCAAUUUUGGCUUCUCUGUGGUUGCAACGUAUGUAUUGAGGCUUCUAUACAAAACUGGAUACUGCCAGCAAUGGCUGGCUUCUUAAGAACAUCAGAUCCAGUUAGCUGGGUCUGGUCUUUAUCUGGUUUAUACAUGUGUGACUCUCAAACACACCAGGAUUAUAUUGUUUAAUGGCUUUAUUUUUAACAGGGGAUUAGAACUGCAGCUCAGAGGCUUCCUCCAAUCCAAAGACCCUUGGACUGAUCUUAAGGAUAUCAAAAAGGUCUUCCUGUACCAAAAGACCCAUAACUCUGGUUUGUUCAUUCUUUAUUCUCUUGGGAAGCUUUUUAUGGUGGGGGCAGAGCAUAUUGACAGAACACUGGAAUGCUGGCCAAAUCAAUAUAUUGCAUAGACUCUUGCUGUGACACUAAAGCCCUCUUAACCUAUUGUCUUAAUUCUUGCAAAACUCCUUGUAUUCUUGCCACCUCCAAUAUUAAUACUUGGUCUUUCUUCCACAGAACUGGUGACACAGAUGUGGCAGGAGGACUCCUUCUUUGGUUACCAAUACUUGAAUGGAGUAUGCCCUGUGAUAUUACAAAAAUGCACCAAAAUCCCUGACCAUUUCCCAGUGGUUCAAGAGAUGGUGGCUGCCUCUCUGGGGACAACCACAAACCUCCAAAAGGAAUUGGAGGUGAGCCUUUCUUACAGUACAAAGUGAACAGGGUUCUUCAAUGGGGCUUAGAUGGUUGGAUUUUUAUCCUUUACUGGUAGUGAAUUUCACAAUGGUUUGUGAGAUGGAUUUAUAAUCUUUCUAUAUACUGCUGAGAUUAAUAAAUCAAUCUUUGUAUCUGGAUAAACCUCACACGGUCUAACUUGCAGUAACCUACCCCACUUCAAACACAAAUCCAGUCACAUUGACUAAACUAACAGAAGGUACACGUCUUUCAGUACUGUGAUAUUCCAACGUUAAUGGAAAGGGGGAAUUGUUGGUUCUAGUCCUGUAACUUGCAAUAUAGCACUUGCUGCAUGUGAAUGUAUGAUAUGCAAAAUGGCAAACUGGGAAGCAAUUGUCAAAACUAAGACUUUCUCAAUUUUGCAGUUUUUUUUUACUUAAUAGAUAAGCCGUUAUUUGCCAUCAUAAACCAAAUGGCUCCACAGAUCAAUUCCACUUUUUUUUUUUUUUUCUUUUCACUGUGUAAAUUUUAGCAUUAAAACAAAUGCACAUGCCAAAUGGCUAAAAUGGCCCUUCAUAUAACCCAGCCUCACCAUAUUCUUUCAGAGUGGUAAUGUCUUUCUGGCUGACUACAAGGUUCUGGAUGGAGUCCCUGCAAAUGUCAUUAAUGGCAAGCAGCAAUACCUCACUGCUCCUCUAUGCCUUCUGUGGAAAAACCCUCUGGAUCAUCUCCUCCCAAUAGCCAUCCAGGUAUGCUGGAUCACAGUGGUGGUUUCUUCUAAAUGGACUAGAAAUGGUAUUUGGGGUGGGGUGCUGUACAGAAAUGUUCUAAAACUGGUGUCUGUCAUUCUUGUGACAAAUUUCUAAAAUACAAAAUCGGGAAGCAGCUCAUUGUCUGAACCCACAAUAGUUUGGCAUUAUGCAGUUAUCUAACACGCUUAUCUGGAACUCCAGUUUAGUUUCUUGUAGCUUAGGCCUGUCAAAGAUCUGAGGAAUUAAUCUAAUGUGCCCCGGUUUGCUACAAGAGGUGGUGUGUGGAUAGCACACAGAUCUGUAACUCCAAAGUGACUUUUGGGAAAACCUUGUUUAUGCCAUCUGUGUAGUGGUACUGUAAUGUGCAAUGAAUACAAUAAAGCCCAAUGUUCAGGCUUGUACAGAAACAUGCAUACCUCACUUUAAAUUUUUUUUUAUAUCCCUCAGUUGCUCAUCUCAAGCCUAAUGUCCCUUUCUUAUGAGCUCCAUAUUGUCUCUGUAUAACAUAGCUCCUCAGCUAUACUUUCAGUAAAGUGUCUUUAAACUACAAUAAAUGUGACAUCAGUCUGUAAAUAACAUCGUCUUGAAAUGACAUUUGUCACCUAAAAGUUCUCACAACGGCCCCACCUUUUAGACUAGUGUUCCAAUCUGGCCAUUUAAAAUGUUGGCAGGUAAACAUGAUGGGUUCUCUCUUGGCAGUGAUACCCUAAAGUGGUUUGUCACUUGUCUCGCUUCUUUCAGUUGGGACAAGUCCCAGGACCCCAAAACCCAAUCUUCCUUCCCAAUGAUCCAGAAUGGGACUGGACCCUUGCUAAGAUGUGGGUGCGCAAUACAGAAUUUCAGGUGCAUCAGGCUGGACCUCAUCUGCUCUGCACCCACCUAUUUGCUGAGGUCUUUAGCAUUGCAACCUCCAGACAACUUCCAAUUGGACAUCCAGUUUACAAGGUAGGAAUGUCUAAUCAACAAGGAGGCUGUUGCAUAACAUUGAGAGAUUUGUUUAAUAAUUCUGGUCAGUGCAAUAAUCUGUAUCAAUGUUGGACACCGUCUGAAUCAAGAUUCUGAGCUAUAACUGGGAAUGAAAAGUUAAUAUGGUAGAAAAUAUCCUACAGUGGAAUACCCUUACUUUUUAAGGUAGAAAGUGGUUUGAUAUAGAACCUACCUGUUUUAUUCAGUGUUGCAAAAUGUAGACCAAGAUUGUGCUGUGGCAUUUGGUUGCAGCUUUAUAUAAUUGAAACAACUGCUGCCAUUGGUAAUUCAAUUCAGGUGACACACUUCUCAACACAAGCAUCAUGGGGAAAUGUAGUCCAACAUCUGGAGUGCCAAAGGUUGCCUAUCCUUGCUCUAUGCCUAGUGCUGGAUUAAGACUGUCUAAAGUCAACUGGUCGUCUUAAUAAAACAUUGCUUUGAAAAGUAACUUGACAACCAUGUAUAACUUUCAGUUUUCUAACAAACUAACUCUGAAAUGGAUUCCUUGACCUCUAGUGAACCAUGGUGAAUAUAUGCUCUUCUCACUGACCAUGUUGCAGUGAUCCAGACACUAACACGUAGGAUGACUUCUCUUGCAAACUGUUCAAUCAUAUGGUUCCAAGGUGCCUUGUGAAAUGCAUGUUUAGUGGCUCACAAUGCAGCAUUGGUUGUCACAAUUUCACAUUGAGUCAUGGUACUUUAAACAAAACUGGUGACUGUAUAUUAGCUGCUGACUAGCUUGCUUGAUCUAAUUGGAAUAAAUCUUCAAGCCAUAUGUAGUAAUGCAAUAGAAGGAAUCUAUUACAGCGUGAAUAAGCUUACUAUGAAGCUAAUGCUCUACUCUUCUCCUAGCUUCUUGUUCCCCAUUUCCGUUAUACUUUGGAAAUCAAUACCCUUGCCAGAAGUGAGCUUCUAGGCCCUGGAGGCAUCUUUGAUCAGGUGAGUCUUCGCUACAGUUGCCUUCAGAUCUAGCUAGGUCAGAUAUUUUAUUUAUAAAAUAUUUUACCAGGAAAGAUACACUGAGAUUUCUCUCGUUUUCAAGUAUGUCCUGGGUCCACAAAUCAUUGCAUUGUUACAUUAGGUACAACAAAAACAAUAUUAAUACACAAUAUAUACAAAAUGUAACAUAGAACAGGCAGGAAAUAUAUAAUCAACCAUGACACGUGCAUUCUGUUUUGAGGUAUGUAGAGAGGGAUCUCUUAAAUGACUUUAGGCUUAGGGAAGAUUUUAAAUUGUGCGAGAGGCCGUUCCACAAUUGCGGUGCUCUGUAGGAGGAGGAUCGGGCCGCUUUCUUUUUGUAUUGAGGUAGACUAAAGUGCUUGUACUGGAUCGGAGCUUAUAGAAAGUGGGAACAUCUGGGGAAAGCAUUUUGUUCAGGUAGGGUGGGAGUUUCCCAGAAAAGCUCUUAAAAACAAGGCUGGAAAGAUGAAGGGUGCGUCUGGAUUCCAGCGACAGCCAGUUUAGUUCCUUUAGCAUGUCCCAAUGAUGGGGUCCUGUAAUUACAUUGUAGCACAAAUCUGCAGAACGAGUUAUACAAUGUGAGUUUAUUAAUGUGGGAUCGCGAUGCAGACGCAUAUACUACAUCCCCAUAAUCAAUGAUUGGCAUUUGCUGUACAAUCUUUUCCUUUACUGUAGGGCUUAGGCAGGCUUUGUUUCUGUACAGGGCACCUAAUUUUGGAUAAAGUUUAGAUGCAAGCUUUUCUAUGUGUAGGCCAAAAGAUUGGGGUCUAAUAUCAUAUCCAAGUAUUUAAAAGAGUGGACUGCGGUCAGUGUGCCAUUUGAAUUUGUUUUGAUGGAUAGGUGGGGAUUGUGUAAUUUAGGUACUGUUCCAAAGAUCAUUGUGACAGUUUUGUCAGUGUUCAGGAAGUUUGUUUUUUGCGAUCCACUUUUCUACCUCUGUAAACUGGUCUUGGAGCAAAGCCUCAAGUUGCGGUAGAUCGGGUUUGCUCGCCUAGAUUACCGUGUCAUCUGCAUACACUAGGCAGAUUUAUAAAUGUAAAUAGUAGGGGGCCCGAGAAUGGAACCCUGGGGAACACCACACGUGACCGGGAGAGGGAGGGAGUCACUGUCAGAAAUGGACACAUAUUGCGAGCGAUCCGAUGCAUACGAUCGGAACCAGUUUAAAGAAUGAUUACCAAUACCUGAGUUUUCGAGUUUGUGCAGUAGAAUGUCAUGGUCUACUGUGUCAAAGGCCAUAGCAAAAUCAAGGAAAAUAGCUCCAGUUAGGGCUCCUUGUUCCAUGCCAGUUUGGAUGUCAUUGCAAACUUUUAGGAGGGCAGUUGUAGUGGAGUGAUUCUGGCGAAAGCCCGAUUGAUCAGGGGUCAGUUUAAUUGUUGGUAGUACUAACAAAGUUGCGUAUGGACACAUUUUUCGAAGAUUUUUGACAAUACCGGGAGCAAUGAUAUUGGGCGAUAGUUAGAAACCAAAGUAGUGUCACCACUUUUAUGGAUAGGCAGUCUUCCAAAGUUUGGGUAUGUAUCCAGACACCAAGGAUUCAUUUGAGUUGAGAUAUGCACUAUGGAAUUCUUGCUGAACUUGUAACGUUGACUAAUAUCAAUAGUCCUCUUGCCACCCUAUCCAGUUUUAAAACUCCAACUGGGUUUUUGUUUUGGUUGCCUAUAGAAUAUCUUGUGGUGACUGACAAUGACCAAUUUAGCUUCUAGUAUUAAAUGGACAAUGCAGUCUGUUCUAAUGGUCUAGAUCAGCGUUUCCCAAACCAGUCCUCAAGACCCACCAGCAGUCCAGGUUUUGCUAGUAUCUCCAUUGGAAUAAAACAGGGAAAUAAACAAAUCCUGGACUGUUGGUGGGCCAUGAGGACUGGUUUGGGAACCACUGGUCUAGAUCUUUCUCAUCUUCUAUAAUGUCACUCUUUCUCCUCAGUCUAAUGUAACAGGAAAUGGCGGUGUACCUGUCCUGCUUAGAAAAGCAUUGGGAGAUGUUACCUAUAGCGCCCUGUGUCUCCCUGACAAUAUCAAAGCCAGAGGAGUGGAUUCUAUUCCAAAUUACUACUAUAGAGAAGAUGGCAUGAAGGUCUGGAAGGCUGUGGAGAGGUAAUGCCUUGCUCUACUCAAUCAAACCAUCUCAACUGUCUAAUCACAUAACAAAGACUACCAGCCCCAGGGAAUCAUUUAAAUUAAUAUUUAAAACUUGGCUCUCACUAUAGUAAAUUCCCAGGGUAUUGAGGUGUAAGGUUGUAGUGCGGCUUAUGCUCAGGUCUAGUUCUGUACAACGUAUGGGAAUUCAGGUGUAAAUACCACCAUUCUUUACCCCGUUCUAAAAUCGGCUUCUCUUCUGAACCAGGCUGGUGUCAAGCAUUGUCAACUACUAUUACAAGAGUGAUGAAAUGGUCACUAAAGAUCCUGAGCUUCAAGCUUGGGCAGCAGAAGUCUUCAAGGAAGGAUUCUUGGAACGUAAAUCAUCUGGUAAAUAUGCUUAUGGGUGGGAUAUAGCCUAAAUGUUUCAUGGUCAUGUACUGGGUAUGCACAUUAAAUCACUUGGUCUCUAGAGAUCCUGUUCACUAAUCCGCCUGGCAAAGUAUAAUGUGGAUUUUGUCUGGAAUAACUGGGUAUCUGCCUUCUAGGGUCAUGCCAUAAUAUAUGUAACCUCUUCUAGCCGAUGCUACUAGCAGCCUAACUAUUGCUCUUAAAAGGCCAAAGCUAGCUUUUUGGGAAAAGGCAAUUUAAAUCCUAAAAUGGCUAGAACUGGGAAAUUAUAAAUGUUUGCUGACAUUUGAUCACAUUGAAGACCUGAGGGUUAUUUUAGUCAAAAUAAACUGAAUAGUAAUACCUAUAUUGAUACAGGUAUAGUUAAAAUGCAUCUCAUGGAAUACCUUAAUCUGUGCCUACAGGAAUUCCCUUUUCUUUGGGUACCCGGGAUGAGCUCAUUAAAUACCUGACCAUGGUGAUCUUCACAUGUUCUGGGCAACAUGCUGCUGUCAACAGUGGCCAGGUGAGUGAUUAAAAUGUGCAGACUUCUGGAAUAUGUUGGGCAUAGUGAAAACAGUGUUUGGGGAUUGGAUAGUGCAUUAGUUUCUCAUUGCUCAGUUCUCCUUUAUAUAUUACAUACAACCUUCUGUAAGGAGUCAUAUUGUCUGCCACUUGCCUGGAUCAGCCAAGUUCCUGUGAAUUUUUUUCCAGCUAACUCUCAACACUCCAAAAGUCUCCCUACAUGUAUCUAAAGCAGCAUGAUACCUUGAAUCAAGGAGACAAUUGACUAAGGGUCAAACUGUAAACCAUGAUUACCAAUUUCCCCCUCAACCCCACAAGCAAUGGGACCACAGGUCUCCUGGCCCACUGUAGGAGCUGUGGUUUUGGUAGUGCUUCUUUAAUGGUAUAAAUGUCUUGGCAAUUCUGUAUCAUUUAAAGUUGCUAGGGCACACAUAUUGCACUCCUUUAAUGCUGGGAGGUUCUAAGGUGCCUUGUGAAAUGCAUGUUUAGUGGCUUACAAUGUAGCAUUGGCUGUCACAAUUUCACAUUGAGUCAUAGUACUCUCAACAAAACUGGUGAAUCUGUACAUGCAAGGAGCACUAACCUGCUACAGAGCAUACUAUACUGUGUAUUUAAUGGCCACUAGCUUUGCAUGUCUAUCCUGUCACUCUAUUGUGUAUUUCCAAACCAUGACUCUGUAAAUCUCAGCAGGAUCAUCCAUGUUAUAAAGUACAAUGAUUUUGGCUAAACUGAAUGAUCAACCUUACUUUGUCCAGAUGGAAUAGCACUCAACAUUUAAGAUGGCAGUCUAUCUACUUCUAAUUUCAAAGGCAAAUGUCAUGUUGCAGUAGGAUGACAUGCUGCUUCUGCCACUGCUCAUGUAUGUUGUCUAAAUGUCUUUCAAACAUGUAGUACUCCCCUACACUUGUCUUAUUGAAGUUUAAACCUAGAGACUGUAGAUUGGUGCAGCAAUCUUGUAUUUUCAAGUGGCUAAAAUGCAUAUUAAAAAUUCUAUAAUCUGCUACUUGUGACUUUCUCCCCAUAACAGUUUGACUUUUAUGGUUGGAUGCCCAAUGGUCCCUCAUCUAUGAGGAAGCCACCUCCUUCCAGGAAAGGGGCAACUUAUCAAACCAUCUUGGAUACCUUACCUGAAGUCAAUACAACUACCCUGGCCAUGGCUACUGUGUGGCUGCUCAGCCAUGAACCAGAGGACAAGGUGGGUAUUCUGAAUAAUUCUGUGUAUUCUGAAUCAUCACUCUCAUGGCUUAUCUGGAUGGGUUUCAUGAAAUCUCUUCUCCAGGGUUUCCCAUGCAUAGGGUGGGAAGCAAAGAGCUGGAUGUAACUAACACUUCUAGUUAAAAUGCUUUCAUAUUAACUUGUGAAAACCUGUCAAAUCCCAAUCCCUUAAUAAAACUUGGCUUCACCAACCAGGCUUCAGCAAACCUGUGGAAGGACAAUCGCACACCCUGCUGUGUUCCAUCCUAAACUAUAUGCCAGGAUGAAUUUACAAAACCCUAAAUUUCAAUAUACGACUUAAAGAUUUAUCUUAACCCUGCAGUAUUCUCAGAACUAUCUCUCCUGAGGAACAGCACCCAUUAACUGGUAAGCAGUUUGCUCUAUGGCGUGCCAUGGGAUUCAGGUAGCAAUAAAUUGCAGAGAAAACAACCCAAAAGGAAAUCAAUAAAAGCCCCUUAAAUGCAGCACCUAUCCCAAGUGGUGAAAAGACCACGCACUACACCAAAACAAUUCAUGUAUAAUUGUCUACCUUCAAAGACUGGAAGUGAGGCUAUUGUACUUGGCCUUUCUUUUGUGCUUCAUGUUUAACCUCUGCAUGUGUGGUGUCCACUGUCUUACAAAAUGGCAAUAGAAACUGCGCCCAAUCCACACAAGCCAAAAGGUGCUAAACUAGACCAUGGGCCAGCACAAACCAAACUAUGGUGGACACAAGAGAAGAGGUCCAGGCACAUUUAUUAGAAGAAAAGGAACACUUCAAUGUUUCAACUCAAGAUUGGGUCUCUGUCAAGCUUGACAGUAUUCCUUCUAUUCUAAUGUGCCUGGACCUCUUCUCUCUUACUGGUGUCAACUGUCUGACAUGUCUCUUAUCCAGAAUGGGAUCCAAAACUGCUAACUACGCUGUCUAGCAAAUCCAUCCUGCAUUGAUAACUGAGACCUAGUUGACAAACCUUAAUUCUAAUGGUAUCAGGAUUGUUCUUACAAGGGAUAGGCAACCUUCAGUGCUACAUCUCCAACCAACCCUUGUAGUCAACAUAAUUGUUAAUACAUAGAUUAUCCUAGAACCUCUACUCACUGUAACUAAAUCUACACACAGGCAUUCAUAUCUGCUUUAACUUACCUAGGCUAUCCUCUGACCCACAAACUACAUGUGGGGCCUCAUGACAAUGUAGAAAUCUUAAUUUGUUAUAUAGUACACCUCUGUAUCAAUAUCUGAGCAUAAACUUGCAUCUAUAGCAUAAUAAGCCAAAAUUUCUCCCUUCCAGAGGCCUCUAGGAAACUACACCAAUGAGAGAUUCACAGAAGAGAAACCACAGCAACAUGUUAAGGAAUUCCAGCGUGAACUGGAUCAGAUCUCAAAGGACAUCAAGGCAAGGAACCAGAAUGUGAAGCUGCAGUACCUGUAUCUGGACCCAAAGCUUACUGAGAGCAGUGUCUCUAUUUAAUGGCAUCUAUACCAACAAGGCAGCAAACCCAACAUGACUGGCAGGCACUCUCAAUGUCUGCCUUGGGAAAUCAAUGGGACUGGUCCUUCUUUGGCUCUUAUUGUUUUUUGUGUAUCUCUAGCAUUGCAUAAUCUGUUAUGGAUGCCUUCGGAUAUACAGGUCUGGGAUGUUGUAAAUUGAGGCAAAUAAAAAUCAUCCGUAUCCUGUUUCUUGUAGCUUUCAUUCCAGCAGAGAAAUCCA